GCAUUACCUCUCCUUCUCUUUGCCUACCACUUGAUUAAGUAAACUGUUUGGGAGGUUUAUCUAGGGGUGUUAUGCACACCCUUCUACCAAUCAACCAGCUCCCAAUUACUUCUAAGACGGGGUAUAAAAGGACCAGAUCAAGCUUCUACCGGCGAGUUGCUCUUCUGUAAGCCCGAUUCUUAGAGGGUUUGGACUCCGAACACAUUGUUCAACAUUAUUGUGAGAACUUGACAGGGAGCCCCAAAUCCAUUCUGGAAGCCAAACUUUUGAAACUUUAAACAAAGUUUCUCUUUUCUUGUGGCUUGGCCGCCCAAGUCAGCCAGCCUGAAAGAGUUAACGCAACCAUGGGUCGUGCAAUAUACUUAUCUCUUCUUCUUUUGAUGGUGCUUGGUGUCAUCGAGGCUCACGUCACCUACAGAAGGCGACCAACAUACUCGUUCUACACUAAAGAUGGAAACCAUAAUGCGAUAGUCAACCAUCCUGCUCACAGACGAGCUGCCAGAGCCGCCAUGCCAAUCCCAAGACGCCCUACUGCCGCCCAACCAGAGACGACCAUUCCACCUGCUACUCAGGUCCCUUCAAUUGACGAGUUUGGAUACUGCCAGGCUUGGUCACAGGGGCACUACCGAACAUUCGAUGGUGCACUCUUCAACUUCCAUGGGGCUUGUACCUAUACCCUCGUGACAGACUGCCUGGACUUUUCCUUCCAUAUCUAUGUGGAAAAUGAUCUCGACUGUCAAUCAGAGAGGAAUAACAACACCUGUUACAGGUCCAUCUUGAUUGACAAUGGUAACCCCACAGACCUUAUAUACAUCCGCCCGGGUGGUGUCGUCUCGUACAAGAACGAGGAGCUCGCUCUCCCCACCAAGGCCGGGGGAAUGGUCCUUGAGCGCAUCGCUCACUACAUCCUCGCAACAAGUGGACUGGGUUUCAGCAUCCUUUACGAUGGGAAAGAAGGCAUUACGGUUUUCGCUAAUUCAGAUUCACUGAGGGGUAACACAUGUGGUCUCUGUGGUGUCUAUGACCAUGAUCCAAGUAACGACAUGAAAACACCUAGUGGGACAAUCGCUGAUGAUGCCUACACCUUUGGUUUGUCAUGGAAGGGCAUGGAUGAGAGAGAUCCUGCAUAUUGUCCUGAUGUUCCCACGGUUCCACUCCGAUGCACACAAUACACCAGCUUCGAGUCGCCGGAAGCAGAGGAGAAGGCUCAAUUUGUUGAGUCAGAAUGUGCUCAACUACGUCAUGGAACCUUCAUGGCAUGUCACCAGGUUGUAGAUCCAGAGCCAUAUAUCAUUGCUUGUGAGCAAGACGUGUGUGCAUGUGAGAUGCAACCUCAAGAAAAUGGGGAAUUGGGAAAUGACUGCAAGUGUGCUGCUUUCACAGCUUACACCCAAGAAUGUUCAAGACGAGGCUUCCAGGUCUCGUGGAGAUCUCUUGACUUCUGCCCAUUUGACUGCCCAGCGGACAAAGUCUAUGACCAGUGCGGAUCAGCAUGCACCCAGAGGGGUUGCAGCACAGCUAUCGCUGAUUGUGAAACCGAUGAAACUGUUGGGUGCAUUGAGGGAUGUCACUGCCCCACAGGAACCUACCGAUCAUCUUCUGGCGAGUGUGUCAGUGCUAACCAAUGUUUCUGCUCGUGGCAAGGGACAGAGUAUGAGCCUGGAAAGCAGAUCUCAGAUGGCUGUAAUGAAUGUGAAUGUGUUGACGGGAAGUGGCAGUGCACACAGAAUGAUUGCGGAGGUUUGUGCCAAGUCAGCGGACAUGGCCACUACCAUACCUUUGACAGCUACACCUAUGAUUUUGCCGGUGCCUGCACCUACACUCUUGUCAAAGACUGUUGGAGUGUGGGCAGUCUGUACAUGGUCAACAUCGAAAAUGCUCCAUGUGGGAUGGAAGGCGCCUCCUGCGUCAAGGCAGUUGUCUUAGAAGAUGGAAUGAACGUUGUACGUCUUCGCAGAGGACAUCAAGUUUUGAUCAAUGGACAAGAAGUGACAGAGUUCCCCAAGACAGUUGGCAACAUCUAUGUGAACCAACCAACCAAACAUCAAACAGCUGCUGUUAUGGAAAAUGGAUUGACGAUUCUCUUUGAUGGUAACAACCAUGUUGUAGUGAUGGCUGAUGAAAGACAUCUUAACGCAACCUGCGGUCUCUGUGGUAUAUACAACAACAAUCAGCGUGAUGAUUUCUACACGGAAGCUGGUGACAUUGAAUCCAACCCAGCUUCAUUUGCCAAUAAGUGGAAGCUUGGUUCAUCCUGCCCUGAUGCCGAGGAUGAUGCAACCGAUCCUUGUGAUCUCUACUCUCAGAAGGCACUCACAGCAGAAUUAGAAUGCAACAGACUCUAUACCGAUGAUGCCUUUGCAGUCUGUCGGCGUUACGUUGACCCUGAGGUGUUCUUUGAAGCAUGUAGACGCGACAUCUGCAACUGUGAGACAGGUGAUAGCUGCAAAUGUGAGAUCUUUGCUAUGUUUGCAACCCAGUGUGAGCAGAAAGGUGUGGUUGUUGACUGGCGGACAGACACACCAGGAUGCGGUAUCAGCUGUGAGGGAGGGCUCGUAUACAGCCGUUGCCACCCCAUGUGUGAAACAACUUGCAAUGCCCUGUCAUCCAAUUCGGUUUGUGAUGAGACCUGCGUCGAAGGAUGUGCAUGCCCCGAUGGUUCUGUCAUGAGUCCCAGUGGCGCAUGUGUGGCUCCAGAAAAUUGCGGCUGUGUAGACCCUGAUUCUGGGGAGACAUACGCCCCUGGAGAGAGAAUAGAGAAAGGAUGUGGUUUCUGUGAGUGCUUUGCUGGAACCUGGGCAUGUGAAGAAUUGGACUGCCCCGCGGAUGCAUGCCUUCAGAACCAAGUGUACGUCCCCUGCGUCAGCCCAUGUGUCAAGAGCUGUACCAACAUGCAUGAGUUUGAAGACUGCUCUGCUGCAACAUGCUUCGGUGGUUGCGAGUGCGCUGAAGAGUUUGUCUGGGAUGGAGCAGCCUGUGUACUCCCGACCAGCUGCCCCUGUCAUCAUGGCGGAUACAGCUAUUCUGAAGGCUUUGUCCUCCAAACUGAUGAAUGCCACUCCUGUACCUGUACAAACAGCAAAUGGGAAUGCCAUGAGAAAAACUGUAACGGUGUGUGUACGGCAUGGGGAGAUCCUCAUUACAAGACGUUCGAUGGCAGAUUGUUUGACUUCCAAGGUGAUUGUGACUACGUUCUGGUCACUGAUAGUGUCAGCCAAGCUUCAGGAGUCCCUUUCUUCCAUAUCGUAGUUUCAAAUAUUCCUUGUGGAACAUCUGCUGUUACUUGUACCAAGUCAAUCACGUUUAGCUUAGGCGUCGGCAACAAUCAGGAAAAGCUACACCUUAUCCGCGGCAAAAGUAUUCCAGACUCCGCUGGUUCGUUCACUGUGACUGAAGUGGGAAGAUAUGUUUAUGUUCACACUAACCAAAGGAUAACACUCAUCUGGGAUCAGGGUACAUGGAUCCAGGUCAAACUAGAUCCCAUGUACAAAGACAGGGUUGGAGGACUUUGCGGUAACUUCAAUGACCUGAUCAGUGAUGACUUCUUGUCUCCAGCAGGGGGCCUUCCAGAGACUUCUUCUAUUGAUUUUGGAAACAGUUGGAAAGUCCAUGACUACUGCCCCCGCCCUCAGCAUGUCAUCCACCCGUGUCUCAAUAACCCAUUCCGUCGGGCCUGGGCCAUGCGUCAAUGCAGUGUGCUGAAAUCAGACACAUUUGCGCCGUGCCACAGUGAAGUUAGCUUCAGACCCUUCUAUGUUCGCUGCAUCUUUGACACUUGCGGAUGCGACACCGGUGGUGAUUGUGAGUGCCUGUGUACCGCCAUCGCGGCUUACGCACAGGAAUGUAAUGCCCAUGGCGUGCAUAUCCAUUGGAGAUCCAAUGAAUUCUGUCCAAUGCAAUGUGAUGGCUGUGCUGAGUAUGAUCCUUGUAUCCCAGUCUGCUCUAUCUGUGGGCACGAGGGGCGAUGGGAUGAGAACGGAGAAUGCCCUGACACAUGUGUUGAGGGGUGCAAAUGCCCCGAUGGACAGUACUACCAUGACGGCGAAUGCGUGGACGCCUGCCCUACCACUACACCGCCCGUCACCACCCCUUAUAUCUCCACGACACCACCAUGGGUAUCUACCACGGGACCCACCACCACCCCCACCAGUCCCACCACCAGUCCCCACACUCAUACCCACACCUCAACCGAAAUCACCACUACAGAAACCCCUGAGACUACGACAACUGUACCAUCAACCACCAAACCUCCAUUUACUUUUCCACCAUACACUCCGCCGUACAACACAUGUUAUUGCCAUGGUUACGGUGAUCCUCACUACUCAGACUUUAAUGGGAACGAAUUUGACCACCAAGGUAAUUGUACGUACAUACUGAGUGAAGAUACAUCUCACUCCCCACCACUAUACACCGUGCUUAUCCACAAUGUAGAGUGCAAGCGAUUCCCUGGGACAACUUGCCCAAAAGAACUUUCGGUCAUCUAUAGCAUCUUCCACAUUAGACUCCUUUCUGCAUUUUACUACGAUGGGUCCCAUAUGGUAUCCGUUAACGAUGUGAACUAUAUACCACCUUUGAACUUCAGUGGAAUCGAAAUAACGUCUGUUGGAUUUUACCUCAUCUUGAAAAUUCCUCUCAUUGGCCUUGAAGUCCGAUUUAUACCUCUAGACAACAAUUAUUUCAGCGUGGAGGUUCCUAGGGAACGCUUCUUUAACCUCACUGAUGGUCUUUGUGGUAAUUGUGGUCAUAAUGAGACAACAUGCGAAGAGGAUAGUAAUUGCUGCGAUUUGAUACCCCCUGAGUAUAGUAAAGAUUGUGGAUGUGAUGAAAUAAUUACUCCAUGCCCUCCUACCGAUGGCAGUCGUGAGUGGUGUAAUCAUCUCUAUGACCCUGUCUUUGAAGAUUGCCAUGCUGUCAUUGAUCCUGCCCCAUACGUUCGUAAAUGCAUAUAUGACAAUUGCUUUGCUAAUGGCACAACAUGCUUUGCUUUUGAAGCCUACGCCACUCUGUGUGCUAAUCAGGGCGUUUGCCUGGAAUGGAGGAGUGACGACUUGUGUCCCAUGGACUGUGUCGAACCUUUUGAGUAUCGCCAGUGUGUGUGUCCUGAUGAUGAACAUCCUUCCUGCAAGUUAUUUGAUCCUGGAGAAAUGAUGUGUGGAACUGAGCCUGUUAGUGGCUGCUUCUGUCCUGAAGGCAACAUGCCCGUUUCCAACGAUACCUGUGUGCCAUGUCCUUCAACUACUCCAAUUUAUACAACAUCUGAGUAUUUCUCCACAACCCAAAAGCAAACAUUUUUUACAACCACUUCAGAAACUACUUUUGAGACCACCUCACAAACAACAUCAACAAACUCACCUACAACCAUCCCAACAACAACUAUAGGAGUAACGACAGAAAGUAUUACUACAAAAAAUCCUACAACAACUAUAGCAUCAACUACUCCUACUUUAACAACGACAGAAGGUUUAACUACAUUACCUGAAACAACAAAAUCAGAAAUAACUACUGAAGCAACAACUGAAAACAUUAGCACAACAAAUCCCACAACUUUAGCAUCAACUACUCCUACUUUGACAACUACAGAAAGUUUAACUACAUUACCUGAAACCACAAAAUCAGCCACAACUGCUGAAACAACAACAGAAAAUGUUAGCACAACAAAUCCUAUGACUACUAUGGAAUCAACUACUCCUACUUUAACAACUACAGAAAGUUUAACUACAUUACCUGAAACAACAAAAUCAGCCACAACUGCUGAAACAACAACAGAAAAUGUUAGCACAACAAAUCCUACGACUACUAUGGAAUCAACUACUCCUACUUUGACAACUACAGAAGGUUUAACUACAUUACCUGAAACCACAAAAUCAGCCACAACUGCUGAAACAACAACAGAAAAUGUUAGCACAACAAAUCCUAUGACUACUAUGGAAUCAACUACUCCUACUUUAACAACUACAGAAAGUUUAACUACACUACCUGAAACAACAAAAUCAGCCACAACUGCUGAAACAACAACAGAAAAUGUUAGCACAACAAAUCCUACGACAACUAUGGAAUCAACUACUCCUACUUUAACAACUACAGAAGGUUUGACUACUUUACCUGAAACAACAAAAUCAGCCACAACUAAUGAGGCAACUACAAUUGCUUCUACAAAACCCACAACUAUGUUUGAAACAACAGCUGAAGAAUCAACAUCUGCCACAACUGAAUCACUUGAAACAACCACUGAAUUUUCCACAACACCUACCACAUCACUUCCUACCACAAUGCCUCAAGAAACUACUUUUUAUGAAACCACCACUGAAAUUACAUCAGAAACCACAGAAACAACCGAGGAAAGGACAACAUCGUCCGAAACCACCACCAGGGAAACUACAACUGGUGAAGAAACAACUGAGUCUGGAAUUGCCACAUCACUUCCUACAACAUCUUCACAUUCCUCUUCUCCCCUUGCAACAACAACAACAACACCAUUACAGACAAAAGAAAUGUCCACACAUUUGCCAUUCGAAACAACACCAAUGGAAACAACAAAGGAGGGGUUGACAACUAAAAUGGUAACAGAAUCACAGACAACAUCUCAGACCACCCGGGAAGAGACCACAGCAGAAGAAACAACAGAAUCAGCAACUACCUCAGAAACUGUAUCAACAGUAGAAACAACUGCGGGGGAGGCAACAACUACAUCGGAGUCUGGAACCACAUCACCCCUGUCAACAACAAAAGUGGGCUCUACUGGUGUCACUACUGAUCAAACAAUGGAAACUACAUCAGUAUCGUAUACUAGUGAAGAAACAACUGCAGCAGCAACAACAAUGGCUACUACUUCCCAAACAACCAUCAUGACUAGUUCAGGUGGGAGUGAAGCAACGACCGAUGUAAACCAACCAAGCAGAUACACCAGCGAACAGACUCAAGCAACCGAUGUCAUUACAGGUAGCGCGUCUAGUACGGUUACGUUCACGGAUGCAGUUAGCCAACCUGACUGUUGCGACGGGGAGUGCACAGAAGCUACUCCAACUAUACCUACUACACCAACUGUACCUACUACACCUGUUAUUACUACACCUCCUGAGACUACAACUGGUGAGUGUGACACAGUUGAAGUAUGCGAGUGGACAUCAUGGUGCGAUGACGAGGCUCAAACUGGGGACAAAAUUACGGGUGGAGACGGUGGUGAAUACGAGCUUAUUGAGACCUGCCGAGAACUCAACCAUGAUGUCUGCAAAGCUCCAAUUGAUAUCGAAUGUGAGACCGCCUUUCCUCCUCAUUAUACCGCCCAAGAGCUGGGUCAAUCACUGACCUGCGAUAAGGAUACUGGUCUGGAGUGUUUAUUUUCUGAGGAGCAACCUCUUUGUUUUGAUUACAGAAUAAGAUUUCUCUGUUGCCGCAAUGUUGUCAGUGAUCCCAACUGCCUUACAACAUCUUCAACAGCUCCACCUACCACACUUGAAACAACUACCACAUCUACCAAGCCAACUGAAACUGUAACUACAACAUCCACCACCAAGACAAUCAGGACCACAAAUUCAGGUGUGAAAAACCCAACACUGCCGGCAGUCACAUACCCUACCCAUAGCUCGUGCGGGACGGUUCAGGGGAAAGCGCCUACCAUCAUAUCAUAUAAUAACUGUACUUCCCCAGACCCUAUCUAUCUCAAUGAAUGUCAAGGAAAGUGCUCUUCAUCCCAUUCCUUUACUCAGAUCAUAGAUGGCCAGAUGAUAAUGGAUCAGUACUGUUCAUGCUGUAGACCGGAGAGUAUUAUUGAAGAUGUCGUUGAGCUUGAAUGCCCUGAUGGAACUACAACAUCGAUCAAUGUCCCCUUUAUUCAAUCUUGCAUAUGUAAUGAAGUAGAAUGCUAAAGCUACAUGCAUGAAGUGUAGCCUCCUCUAGAGUAGGCACAAAUCGAUUGCAAAGACUCUAAAAAAAUAAGUACAUGGAUAGUUGAAUGUCAUGUUGCCUGACCUAUUGCCAUUCCAUUGAGGUCAAGAGGUCAAGAUUUUGUUCUAACUGCUCUCAUUCUUUUAUUUCUGAAUCAAUUAUGUUUACACUUGGUACAAAUGAUCCUUGGGUUAUACCACAUGUGUGUUCAUGAGAAUGAUGGGGGUCAAAGGUCAUCUAGGGGCCAAAAGGUUAAAUGACAUGUUUCUUAAAUAAGGUGAGACUCAUGGUUUGUGAUCCACCUUGUUUAUCAAAGCAGCUGUUAUGCCUGCACUGCAU